UGGAAAUAUAGCCUCCUAACCGAUAGGGGGCAGCUGCUGUUAAAACACAAGUAACAGUAAGAGGCGACGAAAGACUGAAGCAGGAUAUGAGAGGUUGUGUCAUUGUCACUGUGCGGAGUUCCAGCAUGCACAAUUUGGUGGUCCAGGUCCUUGCCAUGAGACAGCUCGGAAGGCUGAACCCACGCCACCUUCUGGCUGCCGGUUAUGGACCUGCACAGGCUGAAUGGUGUCCUAGAACCAUUCAUACUCGGCAACUGUGGGGCUGCUCCACGUAUUCCACAUUGGGCUGCACAAGGCCGACUCUCUGUAGCAGGGAUGCUGUCAGAAGGUGGUCUAUCCAUCAGCUGAGGUUCAAAAGCAACAAAAAGAAAAGCGCUGCUAAGCCAAUACACGAAGAAGAGGAAGAGGAGAGGGACCCUGAGAGUAGUGAUUAUGACGAUGAAAUGGAUGAGGAUCCAAAUGUACCAAAAGACUAUAAAGACAUUGAGAAAUAUGUACAGUCCUUCCGCUAUGAUGUCAUUUUGCGAGCUGGCCUGGACAUAGCACGCAACAAAAUUGAAGACAGCUUCUACAGCAACAAUCUCAGACUAAACGGACAAAAGCUCAUCAAGAAAAGUAAAACAGUGAGAGUCGGGGACACUUUGGACCUGGUGAUGUCAGAGAACCAAGAUGCCAAGACCGUUACUCUAAAAAGAGUCAUCCUCAAAAAGGUUCUGGGUGAAUCCAACAAUGCGGAAAAAAUUAAAGUUUCGUUAAGGCGCUGGAAGUUUAUAGAGUUACCUCAGGAUCAGGCCUUUAAGCCUUGAAGUACAGAAGGAAUAUUUGGAUUGCAAUACUGUCAGCCAGUUACUGCAACAAUACAAUGACAUGGUAUGGUAUCAUCAAAGUGUCCAGAAAUAAUGUGGUUUUACACAUGAAAAAUGGUGGUGAGAGAUAUCAUUUCCCUGCUAUCCAAUAAAGAUGUUUGGAUAUUCUGGAACUUUGCAUCACUUGGAUUAAGGAACCUGAUUUGUGUUUUUACAAAUGUUGAUGGAAAUGCUAAACUAUUAAAACUGACACUUUUAAUGCAAUAGUUGGUACUGCCGCCCAAUGUAAAAACCAAAUAAGAUUUACAAAUGGUAAGCAGCAAUUAACAUGUAACAACCCAUAAAUGUCAUUUUAUUAGAAUAAGUGCUCAUCUACUAUGUUAAAUUUUCUAUAAUAUAAACAUCCAUAAGAAGGCUUAAUAUAAGCAAACUGCUAUUAAAACAGAGGUGACACAAUGCAUCAGCAACUGUAAUGUUAAUACUACAUCACAUAUUUUCAAUUAAUUUCUGUUCAUAUAGAAAACUAUGGCAUGAACUGAUAUAUAUUGUUAAUUGCUGAAGGCGACAACAAUUAUGUUAGACAAUCUACAACACUUUUGGCUUUUUAAAUAGCUUUUGAAACUCUUUAUAUUUAACAAUAAUAGUACAAGUCAUAUACAUCUGUAGCCAAAGUGGGAAUAAGAAUUGAAGAAACACAUGACAGGUUGGCUUCAUCCUAAAAAGGACAGUUUUGUAAAAUUUGAGCUUAUUUGCUGUGCAAUGCUAAAGUAUUUGUCUGGUGGUGGGGAGUGCUGUGCCUACAACACAGUGUUUGACCUCUUGGCCUUCUUCAGAAUGUCACACUUUUUCCGAUUGGGGCGCCGGCAGCGCUCAUCGAUGCUUGGCACACAUUCGUAGUGCCACACCUCCUCCAUCUUCUCCACAGGAUACACUGUUUCCACGUAGUGACGGAUGAGUCUGAGGCGCAUUGGGUCCAGCUGCUUCUUGUUGCAGGCCCCUGAAUGGUUGUACUGCAGCCGCAGGUUCUCCUGUGUGAAGAGCUCUGGGAAGAGGCGCACCAACAGUCUUGCGGCAAAGUUUCCAACAGAAAGACUCUGCUGGACUAUUUCCCGGACCUCUGCAUCUGAGAGCAGGUGGCAAUGAGGGAAUUUCUGGAUCCUCCUGGAGCUGGUUCAGGAGAAAAUCCUGUUCUGCAUCUUGACCAUACACUUUGCGAUGCUGCAGACAAGCUGCACAUAGUGACGGACCAGGUUCACGCGAAGGGGAUCAAGCUGCUUUUUCCCGAGAGAACCGCUGCAGUUGUACUGCUUCCGAGUGUUCUCGUGGGUGAAGAGCUCAGGGAACAUGAGAACCAGCAGACGGGAGGCGAAGUUCCCGAUUGACAAGCUACAUUCAUAGUUGUACUUCAGCUGUUCUUUGGACAAGAGGAACUCCUGUGGAACAGUAAAGUUUGGUAAAGGAAUCUCCAUAUUGUCAAAAUCAAUAGGCGAUAGCAGCGACUUUUUGGCCUUUCGUGAGGUCCUUUCAUUGUCACACAUCUCACGAACUUUCAAGACAGAACCUUCUUCAGGAAUGCUGGCCAGGUCAUAACUCUCGUCAAUGUUGUUGUCGGGCUCACUUCCAUUGCCAUUGCUGUGAGGGCCAUCGAGUGCAUCCUCCAUAUGCUGAAUGCAUACCUGAAGCCAGCUCUCCUCAGGCACAUCAGGAAAAUUAGUUUCCAUAUACUUUUUAAUGAUUUCCAUCCUGUCUGAGUCUAGAAUCAGCUGGCCAACACUGUUUAAACAAUUCGAGCCUUCUGGCACUUUAGUACCCUCUUCAAAAAGCUCAGGGAAGAGUCGAUGCAUAAGGAAAAUGACCAAGUCUUCAGGAGAUGCGAGCUCAUCCAGCUCCUCUGUUGUUUGGUCAUUUAAAGGCCCAACCAAGGUGCUCUGCUGGGUCACUUGAGAGAUGUGCUCCUCACGGCCUUGUUCGUUUAUGAAACGAUAGGUUUGGGGAUGCUCUGCUAUUAUAUCUUCUGCAACCAUUGUCUGCUUCCUUAAGAGUCUAGCACUCUCCAUGUCCCUCUGAGCCCAGAAACGAUUAAAAAAGUCAUUGAUCUGAGGGAGACACUCUCCCUGCCAAACAUCGAGGUUCCUGACCGAUGGAUAGCAUGCCUCUACGUAGUUACGGAUCAGCUGCAGAUGUAGAGACUCCAGUGAUCUCUUGCUUGUCACACAGUCAUGGGAGCACUCCCUGGCUUUGAACAGCUCAGGGAAUAGAUGAACCAGUAAACGGCACCCAAGCUCCCCAGCGCUGGAUAUGUUUUCGGUUAAAGAAGUCAACUCCUCGCUUGUUAGCAGAUACUCUGGAGGAGGCUGGAAGUCUGCCACCAUCUCCACUGGUUUGAUCUGCUUCUUUAUCCUCAAGACUUCCAGACUUAACAGGUCCACUUUGCUAUGCAACUGAGUCAUGCUGGAACUGAGGCUAUUGAGAAUGAAAAACAUUUUCUCAAUCAGAGGAUAAAGGUUAGAGUCUUUUGACCACGCUUGGCCUGAACAGUCAAGGCUUGGCAAAGCCUCCAAUAAGCCAUUUCCUUCUGAACUUAGAAGCGAGGAUGAGAAGAAGCCAGCCCGAUGAUCUAAACUUGGUGUGUUCUUCUUCUCUGAUAUCCUGUGGGAGAUACUGAAGAGAGGCUUUCUAUAAGAAACUCUGGAUUUCCCAUGGAUGUUGUCCCUCUUCUCUCCAUUCGUGCUGAGACAUAGAGGCUCAUGUCUACUGCUGUCAUCUGCCAAGUGCCGCCUCAUCUAGAUAGUAAAUUACAAUAAACCAAAUAAAAAGUG